AUGUAAAUAUGGGAUUCCCCUGGAGCUAGGAUUCCAAGAUUCGCCAAAAGAUACGAGUUGACGUAGCGUCACCGUGAAGCUGUUGAAAUGGCAAAUAAUGUCAAGGUUGCUGUUAGGGUUCGGCCUUUCAGUCAACGUGAAUUGGACAACCAUGCAGAGCUGAUUAUAGAUAUGCAAGGACCCACGACGCUACUCACCAAUCCAAAAAAGCCUAAAGCUGAUCCUCAGAGGUUUACAUUUGACCAUUCAUAUUGGUCACAUGAUGAAUAUGAAGAGACAUCAAGCGGAUAUUUGGAACCAACUUCAACAACUUCAAAAUACACCGAUCAGUUGACAAUGUACAAGGACCUUGGACAGGACAUGUUAAUUAAUGCCUGGGAUGGCUACAACUGUUCCAUAUUUGCCUAUGGUCAGACAGGGAGUGGGAAGUCUUACUCCAUAAUGGGCUAUGGGGCAAAUAAAGGUAUUGUACCACAGAUUGUUCAGAAUCUGUUCAAGGAUAUCGCAAGUAAAGAGAACAAAGACAUUGAACACCAGGUAACAUUCAGCAUGCUUGAGAUCUAUAAUGAACGCGUGAAGGAUUUGUUAAGUAAGAAAAAAGCUCCAGCAGCAGGACUUAGAAUACGACAGUCGCCCGAGAAAGGAUUCUACGUGGUUAAUCUGAGAGAAGUUCCCGUGGGAGGUUUUGAUGAAGUAAAGUCACGUAUGGACGAGGGAAACAAAAAUCGUACCAUAGGACGAACUAAAAUGAAUGAAACCAGCAGUCGAGCUCAUACUAUAGUGUGUAUAAACUUCAAGCAGAAUCGAAUCCAUGAAAAAGUGACAAAGUACUGUUCCAUUAAUCUAGUAGAUUUAGCUGGCAGUGAAAACCAACGGCAAACGCAAGCCGAGGGUCAGCGUUUCAAAGAAUCGCGGUCGAUCAAUUUAUCACUAUCAACGCUUGGUCGAGUCAUCGAAGAUUUAGUGCAGAAAAAGAGACAUAUUCCUUUUAAUGAUUCUGUUUUAACAAAGCUGCUGAAGAACGCCCUAGAGGGGAACAGUAAAACCACUAUGAUCGCUACCAUUAGCCCGGAUUCUGAGAACUAUAACCAGACAUUGUCCACAUUACGAUAUGCUGAUAGGGCAAAAUCCAUCAAAACAACUGCCGUGGUUAAUGAAUCCGAGACGAGUAAGCUAGUGAAAGACUUGAAACAUGAAAAAGAGAUACUUCUUCAGGAAUUAAGCAACAUGAAGUCUGCUAGAAGCUAUGAGAGACAAGGUUAUUCAGAAGAAGAUAUACAAAGAAUCAGAGGGGAAAUAGAGGCUGACCUUAACAGUAGUAUAUCAGAUUUAGAAAAAUCAUGGUCUGAGCGAUUAGAGCAAGCAAGAAAAGAUUUGGAGGAACAAAUAAGGGAGCAGAAAAAAGAGGAAGAAGAUAUUACAAAAUGGCCACACCUUUGGAACCUGAAUGAGGAUCCGGCUCUCUGUGGCAAAAUCAUCCACUUUUUAAAGUCAGAGAAAGAACUAAUAGGUAACGGAAAAGGUCAAACAAGUGUGACAAUUUGCAUCAAUGGACCAAACAUAGUGGAAAAUCAUGCUUUCAUAUUCAACCGAGAGGGCAGUGUCUUCUUAGUACCAGAUGAAGGUCAAGUUCUACGAAAUGGCUCUAAACUUGAUGCCUCUAGUGAGGUCAAACUGUUCCAUCAAGACAGGAUUUGUUUUGGAAUCAAAACUUUGUAUGUGUUCCACUCUCCUGAUGAGGCCGCAAAAUCGAGAUUCCAAGACAACGUACUGACUUCCAUAAGCUUUGAUACUGCAUAUAGCGAAAUGAAGCAGAAUUCUGGUAUUGAUCCAUACGAGUAUAUUGCUGAUGAGCCGUUCAAUAUCGACAUACAAAGAUUGGAUCCAGAUGGCAUUGAGGAAGAUGUAAAUUCUGAUGAGGAAUGUAGUGAAAAUGCCUCAAAGAUACAAAGCGAUGAGACAUUUAUGUUAGAAGAAACAAACUUAGAAACAACGACUCCCAAAGAUGCAUUGAAUAUGCCAUUUUCAAGCAAUGAGAAGACAGAUUUAGAUGAAGUUUUGAAGAAGGAUCCCGACGAAGCAUUCAGCCUUGAUGGUCAACAAUUAAAACUUAAAGGGCAAUUCAAACCUGACAUAGCAUGUGAUGAUGACAAAUACAUGAUAAAGGUGUCUAACCUGAAGCCAACAACACAUUAUGACACCCUGAGUAUGUUCUUUGAGAGCGAAGAGAAAACUGGUGCUGUUGCUGAAAAAGUGGAGUAUGAGGGUGGCUCUGGAAUGGCCUUCAUAACAUACGGCGAAAAUACAGACUUAGAUGAAGUUCUGAGGAAAAAUGCUGAUGAACCAUUUAGUAUUGAUGGUCAGCAAGUAGAACUAAGUAAAGCGAAACUCAAACCGCAUAUACAAUGCUAUGAUGACAAAUACAUGAUAAAGGUGUCUAACCUGAAGCCAACAACACAUUAUGACAACCUGAGUCUGUUCUUUGAGAGCAAGAAGAAAACUGGCGCUGUUGCUGAAAAAGUGGAGUAUGAGGAUGGCUCUGGAAUAGCGUUUGUAACAUACAGUGGAAAUACAGAUUUAGAUGUAGUUAUGAGGAAACAUGCCGAUGAUCCAUUUAGCCUUGAAAGUCAGCAAUUAGAACUAGAUAAAGUGUCUAACCUGAAGCCAACAACACAUUAUGACAACCUGAGUCUGUUCUUUGAGAGCAAGAAGAAAACUGGCGCUGUUGCUGAAAAAGUGGAGUAUGAGGAUGGCUCUGGAAUAGCGUUUGUAACAUACAGUGGAAAUACAGAUUUAGAUGUAGUUAUGAGGAAACAUGCCGAUGAUCCAUUUAGCCUUGAAAGUCAGCAUUUAGAACUAGAUAAAGUACAACAAAAAUCGUAUUCACAAUGUGAUGAUGACAAAUACAUGAUAAAGGUGUCUAACCUGAAGCCAACAACACAUUAUGACAACCUGAGUCUGUUCUUUGAGAGCAAGAAGAAAACUGGUGCUAUUGCUGAAAACGUGGAGUAUGAGGAUGGCUCUGGCAUGGCCUUCAUAACAUACGGUGAAAAUACAGAUUUAGAUAAAGUUGUGAAGAAACAUGCCAACGUCCCAUUCAACCUUGAAGGUCAACAAUUAAAACUAGAUAAAGUGCAAAGCAAACCCCGUAUACAAUGUGAUGAUGACAAAUACAUGAUAAAGGUGUCUAACCUGAAGCCAACAACACAUUAUGACAACCUGAGUCUGUUCUUUGAGAGCAAGAAGAAAACUGGCGCUGUUGCUGAAAAAGUGGAGUAUGAGGAUGGCUCUGGAAUAGCGUUUGUAACAUACAGUGGAAAUACAGAUUUGGAUGAAGUUCUUAAGAAAAAUGCUGAUGAACCAUUUAGUAUUGAUGGUCAGCAAGUAGAACUAAGAAAAGCGAAACUCAAGCCGGAUAUACAAUGCAAUGAUGACAAAUACAUGAUAAAGGUGUCUAACCUGAAGCCAACAACACAUUAUGACAACCUGAGUCUGUUCUUUGAGAGCAAGAAGAAAACUGGCGCUGUUGCUGAUAAAGUGGAGUAUGAGAAUGGCUCUGGAAUAGCGUUUGUAACAUACAGUGGAAAUACAGAUUUAGAUGUAGUUAUGAGGAAACAUGCCGAUGAUCCAUUUAGCCUUGAAAGUCAGCAAUUAGAACUAGAUAAAGUACAACAAAAAUCGUAUUCACAAUGUGAUGAUGACAAAUACAUGAUAAAGGUGUCUAACCUGAAGCCAACAACACAUUAUGACAACCUGAGUCUGUUCUUUGAGAGCAAGCAGAAAACUGGCGCUGUUGCUGAAAAAGUGGAGUAUGAGGAUGGCUCUGGAAUAGCGUUUGUAACAUACAGUGGAAAUACAGAUUUAGAUGUAGUUAUGAGGAAACAUGCCGAUGAUCCAUUUAGCCUUGAAAGUCAGCAAUUAGAACUAGAUAAAGUACAACAAAAAUCGUAUUCACAAUGUGAUGAUGACAAAUACAUGAUAAAGGUGUCUAACCUGAAGCCAACAACACAUUAUGACAACCUGAGUCUGUUCUUUGAGAGCAAGAAGAAAACUGGCGCUGUUGCUGAAAAAGUGGAGUAUGAGGAUGGCUCUGGAAUAGCGUUUGUAACAUACAGUGGAAAUACAGAUUUAGAUGUAGUUAUGAGGAAACAUGCCGAUGAUCCAUUUAGCCUUGAAAGUCAGCAAUUAGAACUAGAUAAAGUACAACAAAAAUCGUAUUCACAAUGUGAUGAUGACAAAUACAUGAUAAAGGUGUCUAACCUGAAGCCAACAACACAUUAUGACAACCUGAGUCUGUUCUUUGAGAGCAAGAAGAAAACUGGCGCUGUUGCUGAUAAAGUGGAGUAUGAGAAUGGCUCUGGAAUAGCGUUUGUAACAUACAGUGGAAAUACAGAUUUAGAUGUAGUUAUGAGGAAACAUGCCGAUGAUCCAUUUAGCCUUGAAAGUCAGCAAUUAGAACUAGAUAAAGUACAACAAAAAUCGUAUUCACAAUGUGAUGAUGACAAAUACAUGAUAAAGGUGUCUAACCUGAAGCCAACAACACAUUAUGACAACCUGAGUCUGUUCUUUGAGAGCAAGAAGAAAACUGGUGCUGUUGCUGAAAAAGUGGAGUAUGAGAAUGGCUCUGGAAUGGCCUUCAUAACAUACGGCGAAACCACAGAUUUAGAUGAAGCACUGAAAAAGUAUGCCAACGUCCCAUUCAGCCUUGAUGGUCAGCAAUUAGAACUUAGUAAAGUAGCACCCAAACCGGAUAAGGAAUGCGACGAUGACAUAUAUUAUGACACCGUGAGUACUGCUGCUGAUAAAGUGGAGUGUGAGGAUGCCUCUGGAAUAGCGUCCAAAACACAUGAUGAAAAAACAGGCCUAGAAACCGAUGAAGACGAAGACAUGUUAGAAAGUGACAGUGACUUGGAUACAGAAUAUCAGAGCGCCCUUCAGAAGAAAACGAAUAGAUCGGGACAUUAUAUAAGUGAUAAAAUGCGCGUAAAUGUUGGAAAUGGGAUGGAUAAAAGAAGUUGUAUUGUUCCUGGAAAGCCUUCUUUUUAUAAAAUUUCUGCAAUUCGGGCUGGAAUUAAGUGGUCUGAGCCAAGGUACGAUCAAGGAAUGUCAGUAGAAUCAUAUGAAAUUAAACUGAAAGGUGCAAAUGAGAAAUCGUGGAAAAGUUUGAAUCACGUAGUAAAGCAAAGUACUCCAGGGCGCCAAAUCGAAAUGCAGAAUGUCAAGUUACAGGCAAAAAAUCCCUAUUUUGUCAAAAUCGCGGCAAAAUAUCAAGAUAAUACAACUAGUGAUUAUAGUGAGAUUAGUGACAUGUUUACCAUAGAGGCGACUGGUGAGGAUGUGUUCAAAGCAAAGAUUCUCGAGACCUGCUUUACCAGUGCAGAAGACAAAAAACCUGCUGUAUACCAAAUGAAUUUAACAAAAACAUAUGGAGAAAAAGAUGGAUCGAUCUUUAAGUAUGAAUAUGGAAAAAGAAAUCCUAAAAUGACAAAUAAAGUCGUCCUAGUCGUUGGGGCUACAGGUGCUGGCAAAAGUACCUUGAUCAAUGGAUUGAUAAACUAUAUUUUUGGAGUAACUUGGGAUGAUAGCUACAGAUUGAAGCUCAUAGCUGAACCUCAUGCAAGCAAACAAGCCGUUAGUCAAACCAGGCUAAUAACUGCGUACACCUUACAUUAUGAGACUGGUUCCAGAGUUCCAUAUACAAUUACGAUAAUUGACACGCCUGGCUUCGGUGACACGGGGGGUUAUUCAAGAGAUGAGGAAAUCACUGGACAGAUACGUGAACUCUUUACCAAAUUUGGCACAGAGGUAAUUGAUCAUAUUGACGCAGUGGGGUUCGUUACGCAAAGUUCUCUUCCACGUCUCACACCAACACAGAGAUACAUAUUUGAUAAGAUAUUAUCAUUGUUCGGAAAGGACAUUGGAGACAACAUUCUGAUGAUGCUAACAUUCGCAGAUGCUCAAGAGCCACAAGUGUUAAGUGGUAUAGAAGAAGCGGGAUUUAAAUAUAAGAAAUGUUUCAAGUUUAACAAUUCGGCCGUCUUCGCAGAAAAGAAAGGAGUGGAAAGCGUUGAGAUGUUUAACAAAAUGUUUUGGAACAUGGGCGAGGAGAGUUUCAAGCUGUUUUUCGAUUACCUUGUCCGUUGUCAACCUAGAAGUCUAACUCUUACCAAGGAGGUAUUGGAAGAGAGGCAUCGGUUAGAACUAUACAUGGGUGGGUUACAACAAGACAUAUCGGAAGGAUUAAGCCACUUAGAAAGUUUGACGAAAGAGGUACAGGUUAUUAUAAAAAACCAAGCACUCAUAGACGCCAACAAAGAUUUUGAUUACACCGUUGACGAGGAGCACACAGUUCGAGAAGAUAUUCCCAAUGGCAAAUACGUGACAAACUGCUUACAGUGUAAUUUCACCUGCCAUUAUCCAUGCAUUCUUUCUGACGACGACGACAAAUACAACUGCGGGGCAAUGAUGGAUACAAAGGGACCAAAUGCAGUUUGUGCAUUUUGUCCGAAACGCUGUUCGUGGAAACUACACAAGAAUAUGCCAUAUCGAUUGGUUAUACAAAUUGAAACAGUACAAAAGACCUCCCAGAAUUUAAAGGAACGUUAUCAAGAAGGUGUGGAGGGAAAGAUGACAGCCGACAAUUUGAAACAUCAGGUGAAAAAUGAUUUCAAAAAACAUCAACUUAUGAUGUACAUGCGAACCGAGGCUGCAAGAAAAACUCUCAAAAGGCUUAACGAAAUUGCACUUAAACCAAACGCAAUAACGACUGUGGAUUACAUCGACACACUGAUAGAGGCAGAGAGAUCAGAACACCAACCUGGUUAUGAAAAAAGGAUAGCCCACCUUCGAAAACUUCGAAAACAAACCGAAAUGUUUGAUAAAACAGUUAAAAACGGAAAAAAUCCAUUUGCGGAGCACAUUGAUUUGAUAAUAAUAUCCGAAGAAAAGAAAAAACAUGACGGAUACAAGGAGCGAAUAAAAGAAUGGGAAGAAAUGAAGGAAAAAGUAAGUACAGAUACUGAUUUGUCAGAAUUGCUCCACGACAUGCCAGAGCUAGAAGGAAUCAGUGUUCCACAGAAAGGUAUGAGUAGCAUUUGGUCUGCGCUUAAAAAAUUUGGCAACUUCCUCGUUCCCCAGAAGUUUGCCUAG